AAGGCUUAAAGAGAAGAGGACACUGCAAUGUUUUACAUCACUCCAAGAGCCAAAAACUGAAUUGAAAUGUUUCAAGUGCUGAACUGAGUAGAAUAAAAUACGUUGCCAUUUACAAAACAAAACAUCAUCCAUUAAUUUGAUUGUGUUCCUCUCUUGAAACAUGGCGUUAGUGUUGCCUUUCCUGCUUAUGCUUCUGCCAAGUCCUGCCCUCUCCAGUCAACAUCUGCAGACAGGAGCUCAGCAUGUCUCCAGAGACAUCCAACCCCAGCCUUUUAAACUUGUUAUUUCGGACACAUGUGCACAAGAUGGGGCCAAAGAGAGAGAGAUAGACUUGAAUCCUGAUUCUCCUCUGGUCUUGACCCAUCAGAUCCGUCUGGUGCCAGGGUCAGGAUCAGCUUGUGGUCAGUGUAAGCUGGACUUUGCAGCCUUGCAUGAGCGUAUUGAAAGACUGGAGAAGGAGGUGUCGGAUCUGAGGGAGAAAUGUGGAGGUCCAGAAGGAUGCUGCAGCUCCCAGCAGAGCAAAGGUGUGGUCUGUACCACCAUUCGUCCCACUAUCGACGAGUGUCCGGAUGACUGCAGUGACCAGGGUCGCUGUGUAGAUGGCAAAUGUGUGUGUUUCCCAGGAUUCAGUGGGCCUGACUGCAGCGUGGCUGACUGCCCUGAUGACUGCAGCAGCCGGGGCAGAUGUGUAAAUGGACAGUGUGUGUGUGACCCAGGCUUUACCGGCCCAGACUGCUCCUCCAGCACAUGUACUGAUAACUGCAACGACAGGGGCCACUGUGUGAACGGCAGAUGUGUGUGUGACAGAGGCUUCACCGGGUCUGACUGCAGGACACAGAGCUGCCCGGACAACUGUAACAACCGAGGCCGCUGUGUGAACGGACAGUGUGUGUGUGACUCAGGAUUCACUGGUCAGGACUGCUCAGAGAUGUCCUGCCCGGGAAAGUGUAAUGGCAGGGGCCGCUGUGUGAACGGGGAGUGUGUGUGUGACUCAGGAUUCACUGGUCAGGACUGCUCAGAGAUGUCCUGCCCGGGAAAGUGUAAUGGCAGGGGCCGCUGUGUGAACGGGGAGUGUGUGUGCGAUCCUGGCUUCUCUGGGCCAGACUGCUCUGUAGAAACGUGUCCAGAGGACUGCAAUGAUCGUGGACAGUGUGUAAACGGGAAGUGUGUGUGUAAGAGUGGCUUUAAAGGUCCCAACUGCUCAUCUAGAUCUUGUCCUGGAGACUGCAGUAACCACGGCAGAUGUGUUGACGGCCGGUGUGUGUGUGAUAGCGGGUUUACAGGACCAGACUGUUUGUCCAAGCCUUGUCCCAAUGACUGCAAUAACAAAGGCAGAUGUGUUGAUGGAAAAUGUGUCUGUGAUGUGGGCUUCUCCGGUCAGGACUGCUCCACCAAAACCUGCCCCAACAAAUGCAGUAACAAGGGCCGCUGCGUGAGGGGCCGCUGUGUGUGUCGCCGGGGUUUCUCGGGGCCCGACUGCAGCAAAUGUCAGACUGGGUUCACAGGGGAAAACUGCGACACUGCACUGGCGGGCGUCUCGGGUAUCAGUACCAGGGACAUCACGGAGUCAUCUGUAACUCUGUCCUGGACUCAACCUGCCGUGGAGUAUGACACCUACCACAUCUCCUUCUCCAGCAGGGCAAAAACAGUUCAGAAAAUAAGCUCCAAAAUCAGUGGCAGACUGAGCACCUACACUCAAAUUGGAUUGGCUGCUGGACAGGAGUACACAGUGAGCAUCACCGGAGAGAAAGAUGGCAUUUUUGGAACAGAGAGCACAGCAGAAUUUACCACAUUGAUUUCUGGACCAAAAGACUUGCAAGUUGUGAAGACAACCACUACAUCAGUCAUUGUCCAAUGGGAAAAGGCACAGGGGGAGAUUGACAGGUAUGUCCUCUCCAUUGCACCCAAUCAGACAGAUGGAUCAAGCAGACUUCCAGAGAUGUACCUGCUGCCAGAGACAGAUUCAGCCCAGAUCAACAGUUUGGAGCCAGGCCGCUUGUAUGACAUCUCAUUAGUGACUGAGAAAGAUAGCCUCCGGAGCCUACCAGCAACCGUACAUGCAACUCCUGGAAAUGCCUCAAUGCCUACAACUAGGAUGACCAUGGAGAUGGCAAAUGUACAGGUAGAUGUGGAGGCUGGCAACAACAAAGAAAAGACACCAACACUUUUCCUGCGAAAGCAAGGACUGAGCAAAGGGGACCCAGUGACAAGAGGAAAGGUUGAAAAUUCAGUAAGAACUGGGAAUAUGAGCCAACUCGAAACACGCCUACUUGUUAGACCUGGGCAAAAAAGACCCAUGCUUCAGAAUAGGAUAGGAGUGAAAAGAGGAAUUGUUGUGCCUUCUUCAAAUAAGUCAAAAACACGGUAUCCUCUGAAAGCAAGAAACCCUAAUGUAGACUCAGGUAAUCCUGUCUCCAGGGGUAAACUAUUUGCACUGACAAUGAAAGAGACAAGAUCUCAGGAGGGAAAUGCUUAUAUCGAUUUUAGAAGAGAAUCUGUCGAGACACCCAGACAUGCCAGCCAAAGCUCCACCUUUCACAUAGCUACCCCACUGCCUUUUACAAACAUUACUGAAUCAUCGGAAGAGCCAACAAUUACAACAGAAAAAAACCUAACAGCCUAUAUAAAUGGGAAAAAAUGUGUUCGGAAGGUUUUGGUUGGGUACAGAAAGAUACAUGGAAACAUGUCAGAUGGCAACGCACUGACAAAAAACCUGACAGUUAUAGUUGGCCAUUUAAAUGGAAAUGAUCUCUUACACAAACUUCUAUCAGACAGAUCUACGGUCAAUGAAAUGGGGGUUACAAGGCUGGGUGAGGCUCAGCUUGAAGCUGAACCUUCGGAAGCCAAAAGGAGUAUGAAAGAGCAAGAAGGAGAGGAGGAAAUUGAUGAAAAGACAGUGGAAAAGAAUUUAAAUGUAAUAAAUGCCUCUCCCUUCUCAACAAGACAACCUGAGACAACACUUUACCAGCCCCUCGCCACCACAUCUGCUCCUCCAUACCUACACAAUCCUCACCACCCUACAUCUUUGGCACAGCCUGAUAGAGUAAAUCAACAUACAGCAAGAAAUCAGUCAACAGCAGAAAGACUACCUAGAAAAAAAAAUAUCCAGGCACCUUUAUUAUCCAUCCCCAGACAACCAACUAGACCAAAACCCCCAAGUUUAGCUUCUCCACCAAUAGUAGGUAGACCACAUUUUAAGUCAACUUCCUCUUCCUCAUCUUUAGAGACAAUAAAACACAAGCAUCCAUCUUGGCCUAGUCCCAUCACCUCUCGUUUUGCAAAAGAAGUGCUUGUUGAAAAGGAAGUGCUAAAUUUAAAUCCAGCCAGAAGACAAUUCCAAAAUCCAACUCCUGAACUUGAUCUUAAGCCCAUCACUGAGACAACUCCAUUGCCAGUCAAAUCCCCCCUGAUAAAAAACACUGCAAUAAAAAACAAAGGCAUUGAAGCACCCGAUCUCAUGCCAUAUCAGAGUUCACUGUAUAGGGGUUCCUAUCCUCGUCGUCCUAAUAUCAGUUCUUUUCAGAAACAUACAAGGCCAAUUCUAGGGUCACCUCAGCACCGCUACCAGGGACCCAAAAAACGACCUUUAUCUUCAAAACCCAUUACCAGAAACAACAGGACUAUCAACCAGGUCAGUCCUAUCCAACCAGUAAAAGCUGCUUUAACCCUUGCAAAAGAAAAUGGGACUAGUAUUAAUAUUAGACAGAAUGUUAUUCUCAACAAACCCCAGGGAUCAGCCAGAAUACAGAUAGCCAACAGACAAUCUCAAAUAAAACACAGCAGUACCACUCAAGUGGGCAUAAACAUUAGUCAGUAUGGAAAAGCAAACUCUGGCAGUUAUUUUUCCACAGACCAUCCCAUGGAAAUUGAUAAUAGUACUCAGGAAUAUAUGUUAAGCAAAACAGAUGGCUCCAUUGAGCAUGUUGGGGUCAACAAUGUGACAUCGACAGGGUUUGUACUAAUAUGGGGUGCACCGAAAGGAAAGUUCAAACAAUUCAUAAUCACUCAAUCUAAUCUUGGACCAGAAAACAAAGACAAGAAUGAGAUGGAUGAGAAGAGUGAGGAAAAAGAAAAAGAUGAAGAGCCUGGUGAAAGAAAAAAUGAGGAAGAAGUAGAUGAUGAGAGACUUAAGACAACAGCAGCAAAGAAAAGUAGUAUGAGCAAGGGUAAAAGUGUAGUGUAUGAACUUGUCUCCAAAGUACAGAGUACAAAGAUGAACAAGAGUGGAGAAAACAUUACAAGCUUUACUACAGUUCUCCCUGGAACAGACCGCUCACACCAGAUGGCGAAUCUCACACCACAGACCAGGUACUCUGUGUCCAUCUUUGGGAAGGGACCAACAUUUCGCUCCAAAACUCACAACCUCAUCGUACAUACAGGCCCUGAGCCUCCAUCCAAUCUUGCUUUCAGCGAUGUGACUGACAGCUCUUUCAUGGUGUCCUGGACCAAACCGAAGAGCAAGGUGUCUGGAUUCAAGAUUACAUACACUCAUGUGCAAGAAGGUGAGCCGAUCUCUGUUAGUGUGGACUCAGAAACUCUCCAGCUGGCUCUCUCGCGGAUGUCUCCUGGCUCCACAUAUGAGGUCCAUGUGAUGUCUGUACUUGGACAAGACGAAAGUGACUCCAUCCAGGAUACUGUAACCACUUUGCCUGACCCACCAACAGACCUGAGAGCCAUAAACGUCACAGACAGUAAAGCGCUGUUGCUGUGGAGACCCGCCUUGGCAGCUGUCGACCACUAUGUCAUUGUGUAUAGUUCUGAGGAAGCUCCUGGGUCUGGAAGAACUGUCAGAGUGUCUGGCAACGCUGCAGAAGAGCAGCUGCAGGUGCUGCAGUCCUCCACACGCUACAGAGUGAGCGUUCAGAGCCAGCUGGCAGACCUGAGCAGCUCCAGAGCAACCACAGCCUUCACAACAUCCAGGGGUAAAAAAAUGGAUGGUCCUCGUGAUCUUAAAGCCAGUCAGGUUACGCCUCGUACUGCGCUGCUGUCUUGGAAACUACCUGUAUCAACCAUCAGCAGUUACAAGCUCAGCUAUCACACGGAUGGCCAGGACAUUCAGGAAGAGAAUCUUGGCCCCAUGGUCAAGGAGUUCAAGUUAACCAGACUGUACCCAUCUUCAACAUACACAGCUCACCUGCAGGCAGAGCGGGACGGCCUGUACACGAGCAGCGUUUCCACAGACUUCACCACCGGGACCCUGCGGUUCCCCUUUCCCACUGACUGUUCGCAGGAGAGGCAGAACGGAGCACUGGAGUCGGGCGUCAUGGAGGUGUUUCCACAGGGCCGGGGGGGGAAGCCACUGAUGGUUUACUGUGACAUGGAGACUGAUGGAGGAGGCUGGACGGUUUUUCAGCGAAGAAAGGAUGGGAAGACGAACUUCUUCAGGAGCUGGCGUGAAUAUAGCAGUGGAUUUGGAGCGCCGGAUGGGGAAUUCUGGCUCGGAAAUGAGCAGCUUCAUAACUUCACUAAGAUGAGUCCAAUGACCCUGAGAGUAGACCUCAGAGCAGGAGACGAGACCGUUUACGCACACUAUUCCUCGUUCUCUGUCGAAAGUGUGAAAAAACACUACACCAUCAGAUUGUCUGGAUAUUCUGGCACAGCCGGUGACUCACUGACGUACCAUGACGGACGACCGUUCUCCACGCGGGACAGAGACUCUCAGCCGUUCAUAACGCGCUGUGCCAUGUCCUACAGAGGUGGCUGGUGGUAUAAGAACUGCCACGAGGCCAAUCUCAACGGCCUCUAUAACACAAACACCAACCACCAGGGAGUGAUCUGGACAGAGUGGAAAGGCAAAGAUUUCUCCAUUCCUUUCACUGAGAUGAAAUUCCGCCCAGUCUCGUUCAGGCCCUGAACACAAGGAGAAACACAUUAGUGCAGGAGAGCUGGGAUGCCCUAAACCUAAACACACCAUCAUUGAAAAGCAAGUAUCAUUACACCAUGUAUAACCACACAAUCAGUUUACAUAAAUACAUCUACCUACUUACUCCAACUGAAAUAUAUCAAGGCCAAAAAGGCUGUUUAUCUGUAGUCUAUAUAAAGGAUUGUACAGUGUUUGAAUUCUUUGUGCCCUGUGCAUUGUGACACCCCACAGCAUUACCAAUUUUAUGCACUGCCUUCUUCUCUACAAUGAAGCUGUGGACUAGGUGUCACAUAUAUAAGCUACUACUAUUAAGAGUGUGAUCUUUGUAUUCAUAUAGCUUUGUAUGUACCAUAUUUCAGUGUCUUGCAGAAAGAUUUCAUAAAAUUAAAGAACUGUAAGUUGGUA